AUGGCCGUCCGAGAGCCGUCCAGAUACCUGGCAAAGGCUCUUCCACGGGCCCUUGUUCCAUCGAGCCGCCUGCCGUGGCCCUCACCCAGGCGCAAUGCCUCCGACCAGGGGGCGGCAGGUAGCUCGCCAGACCCUUUUGAUGAACUCGAGUCCUCGUCCUCGCUAAUGUCAGCUACAGUUCCGGAAGAAGUGGUGAAAUCAUACGAUCCAAUUGCCAGAGCCAGGUCACGGAAGACCGAGCUUCCUCCAAGCCGAUACCAAUUCCGAUCUCCCAAAUACUACCGGGGCCCCUUGCACCCUCACCGACCUCCUCCUCCGUCAGAUCCUGCUUCCCGACAAUUUGUACCGGGGCCCUUCACGCUUCCACGCGUUCAGCAGACCUACGAUUCUACCAUCGCUCAGGACAUCCUCACCCUCUGCUAUGUCCACAGACCGCCGGGCUUUGAGCCUCCGCCUAGGCCAGAGCGGCUCCGCAAAUGGGACGACAGUUCUCCAUAUCACAAGAACAGACCUCUCCGUGGACCCCGUGGUGGUGAUGUCUUACGGCUGCUCCGGAAACCCAUCACCUUCCGAAACAUUCCCAAAGUCGAGAGAAUCACGAUCCAUAGCUACGUCAAACAGGCUGCUACAGAAGGAUCGCACUGGCUGCACGUAGCAGGUAUGGCCGUGCAGGCCAUCUCGAAUGUUCGGGUUGAGACGUUCAAAUCCAAGAGCAGCGUCGCGCCAUGGGGAAUUGCUCCCGGCAGAGAUACAGUGGCAGUCAAGGCGGAGUUGAAGGGCGAGAAUAUGCAGCACUUCCUGGGAAAGCUGGUGGAAGUCGUGAUGCCGAAAAUAAAGGAAUGGAAGGGUAUCAAAGGCAGCAGCGGCGACAGCAGUGGAAACAUCACGUUCGGUCUGACCCCGGAGGCUGUGGCAAUGUUCCCGGAGAUUGAAGUAAAUUAUGAUAUGUACCCUCCAGAAAUGAUCCCUGGCUGUCACAUUACUCUCCAUACCACUGCGACUACCGACAAAGAUGCAAGGCUGCUCCUGAGCGCCUUCGGAAUUCCUUUCUACGGUAAAUUUGUCAACUAG